AUGUCUCGCACUUGUGAACACCGAGUUGUGCUAUGCGAAGUUGUGUGCUUCGCCGAGAAACAGAUAAAAGUAGCAAGCUCGUUUUGCCGACCAUUGAAGGUGCGACCACAAAUCCGCUUCCUCGUCAUUACCAUCACUACAUGGUUCCUUUUCUCUCUAUUGUCUCUCGCUCGACCUUGCUCUCCUGUCUGCCUCCUUGCUCUUCUUUCCCCCUGUUAUUGUCUUUGUGGUAAAGAGGCCCUUAAUGGCAGGACACCUACUUACAGAAGCGUCACUAAUACGAAAGAUCCGUGGGGACAGGAAAAGGAUUUGCAGCCUUCGUCUGGAGAUACUUUACGUCGCUCGCUAUCAGAGGAGAGAAGGGAAAAUAAAAAUCGGGCACAAAUGAUGCAGUACACAUUUUAUAUAAGUUUGUUCAUUAUCUACCUAUAUAUCUAUCUAUCUAUCUAUGUAAGUUUGUUCAUUAUCUAUCUAUCUAUGUCUCUAUCUAUCUAUCUAUCUAUCUAUGUCUCUAUCUAUCUAUCUAUCUAUCUAUCUAUGUCUCUAUCUAUCUAUCUAUCUAUGUAUCUAUCUAUCUAUCUAUGUCUCUAUCUAUCUAUGUCUCUAUCUAUCUAUGUCUCUAUCUAUCUAUGUCUCUAUCUAUCUAGGUAUCUAUCUAUCUAUCUAGGUCUCUAUCUAUCUAUCUAUCUAUCUAGGUCUCUAUCUAUCUAUCUAUCUAUCUAUCUAUCUAGGUCUCUAUCUAUCUAUCUAGGUCUCUAUCUAUCUAUCUAUCUAGGUCUCUAUCUAUCUAUCUAUCUAUCUAUCUAUCUAUCUAGGUCUCUAUCUAUCUAUCCUGGUUGGGGUGAGAAAUUUUUAUAUCAGUCUCUCUAUCUAGAUUUAUAG